UUCUCAUUUUCAGUCAGAGUCAAUAUAAUAACAACCCUUCCCUUAUUUUCCGAAUAUUGAAUUGAGAAAUCUUCCUUCAACUCAAAUAACAAAACCCCAUUACGUUAUUUCCUAUUAUUGGUGCCAAAGCUUCAAACUUUCUGCUUCUUCUUCUUUUGGGGGUAAGAAUCUUCUCUCUUAUGAAUUUAUAGCCAUUGAUUCUGACCUAUUUGUGAUUUGAUCCGAAUCAGAAAUCUUUGGGUACUGGGUUGGGUUGAUUCUAGGUUUUGUUGGGGAAAAGAUGUGGAAUUAGGACUUGGGGCUCGAUUUUUCCAUCAUAAGAUUGUUAAUUUUUGUGCUUAUUUUGUUAAAGUUUCAGUUUUGAGCUUGUUUGGUCAUCUGGGUAGGUGUCCCGUUGCCCCCAGGUUGCUCUAAUUGUGCAAAUAUAUAUAUGGCUGUCUUGUUGUGAAAAAUUGGUAGGAAUUAGGGUUCAGGUUCAGGCUUAAGUCAAAGCCUCAAGCUUUGUUGGCUUUUCAUUCCUUUCAUCAAUAGUGAAAAUGUCAUCUGCUGGUGUCUCCACUCUUAGCCCUGUCCUAAGGGAGCUAUUGUUGUCUCCAAAUGGAUUCCAUACCCCACACUUUUCUUUGGAUGAUGAGUUCAUUUUCAUAUAUCUCUCCUAUUUGGGGUCUUUGACUCCAAUGCGUGUUCUACCUUGUGACACCAUUGAGUCAGUAAAACUCAAAAUCCAAAGAACUCAGGGGCUUCCUUCAUUAACAAACAAAAAAAAGUUGGUUUGUGGUGGCCGGGAGUUAGCGCGAAGCAAUUCUCUACUCAAGGACUAUGGGGUUAUAGAAGGAAAUGUUUUGCAUUUGGUAAUCAGACACUCAGAUAUCCAGACCAUCAAUGUGAGAACUUCUUGUGGGAAGGAAUUUACUUUUCAGGCAGAAAGAUGCAGGGAUGUUGGGUAUGUUAAGCAACAGAUUGCGAAAUGGGAGAAACAGUUUGCUGAUCCUGAACAGCAGGAAGUUGUGUGUAAUGGGGAACAGCUUGAGGAUCAGAGGCUUAUUGAUGAUAUCUGCAGCAAACAUAGUGAUGCAGUGAUACAUCUUUUUGUUAGAAUGAAAUAUGCAGAAGUUAGGACAGGACUAGAUGAGUUGUCCGUUGUGGCAGCAGAGCUGAAUGAUACAAAAAAUUAUGAUGUUAAUGAAGACAAUUAUAGGAGAAAUUAUGGCGCUAGCAAAGAAGAUGCAAGAAGGGAGUAUGGUGCCAUUGAGGAAAUUGUUCCAAGAAAUGCUGUUGACAGAGAUCUUCUUUUGGAGCCAGUUAUUGUUAACCCUAAAAUUGAAUUAGCUUCAGAGAUUUGGAAUAUGAUAAACUCUACAUAUGACGGGUUAGAUAGUGGAAAUUAUCCGAUCAGAUCUGCGGAGGGUACAGGGGGGGCUUACUUUAUGCUUGAUUCAACAGGGCAAAGGUAUGUAUCUGUUUUUAAGCCUAUUGAUGAAGAGCCAAUGGCUGUGAAUAACCCUAGAGGUUUGCCUUUGUCAUUAGAUGGUGAAGGCUUAAAAAAGGGUACUAGAGUUGGUCAAGGAGCAUUCAGGGAAGUUGCAGCUUAUAUUUUGGACCAUCCAAUCACUGGCCGCCGAUCAUUAUUUGGUGAUGAGAAGGGCUUUGCUGGGGUUCCCCCGACUGUUAUGGUGAAGUGUUUGCAUAAUGGAUUUAACCAUUCAGGGGACUGGACUGCUAAGAUUGGCUCUUUGCAAAUGUUCAUGGAGAAUAAUGGAAGUUGUGAGGAUAUGGGGCCUGGGGCUUUCCCGGUGAAGGAAGUGCAUAAAAUAUCUGUGCUGGACAUAAGACUGGCAAAUGCAGAUAGGCAUGCUGGGAAUAUUUUACUCAGCAAAGAGGAUGAAAAUGACCAGGCUGUUUUGAUUCCAAUUGAUCAUGGAUACUGCUUGCCCACAAGUUUCGAAGAUUGUACCUUUGAAUGGCUUUAUUGGCCUCAAGCUCGCCAGUCAUACUCCCCUGAGAUCAUUGACUAUAUAAAGUCACUGGAUGCCGAAGAAGAUAUCGCUCUUUUGAAGUUUCAUGGAUGGGAUCUGCCAGUUGAAUGUGCUCGCACUCUUCAAAUCUCAACCAUGCUUCUGAAGAAAGGAGUGGAGAGAGGGAUGACCCCCUUUGCCAUUGGAAGCCUCAUGUGCAGAGAAUCCUUGAACAAGGAGUCUGUGAUUGAGGGAAUUGUAAAAGCAGCUCUGGAUUCUGUUCUUCCUGGUACAACUGAAGCUACAUUUCUGGAUGCUGUUUCCGACAUCAUGGACCAGCGCCUUGAUGGGAUCACCAGUUCCAUUUCUUAGUUAAAGCUGAGUUCUGCAAUAGAAGUUGGUAUAUAAAUGUAUGUGUACAUGUGUUCUCGUACAUUUCUAUAGCUCAAAUGAUUGUUUUCCUGUUAUUUCACAGUAAUAACUCUAGCUCUUGUUUUUUAGUAUUUUCCAACGUUUCACAAAUUCUUUCAUCAAGUUGUCCUUUUACCUCUGAACUAUGAAAUUUGUAAUGGUAGACAAAUCCUUUAUCUUUUGAAUUAUA